AUGGGGAAACUUUCUCCGGGGAAUGUGCAGAGAGACGCGAAUUGGGGUUGGAACGAGACUUCAGACCCAUGCACUGGCAAGUGGCAGGGCGUUACCUGUGACCGCGGGUUACAAAAAGUAAAGAAGGUAAUUCUUGAUCAGCUCAAUCUCACAGGAGUUCUUGAUCCCAGUUCUCUUUGCGAGGCGAGGUCUCUUGGUGUUCUGAGCCUGAAAGACAAUAAUGUUGUUGGAAAUUUGGCAGAGCAGAUAUCAAAUUGCAAAUAUCUGACUCAUUUGUAUCUAAGUGGCAACCGUUUCUCAGGCAAUCUUCCAGACUCUCUCUCCCAGUUGAGUAAUUUGAAGAGGAUNCAUGAUCUAGCUGUGGUCACUGUUUUUGCAGAUCUUUUAAAUGUUUUUGAAGUUUUUCUCCCCCAACUCUUGCGCGAACCAAAUCCUGCAGACCCACUCAAUGUUGAAGCUGCGUCACUGAUGAUGCAGGACAAAACUCUAUAUGAACAGAAAGUUAAAGAAUACAGUGAGCAUUAUGCAAAGAAGAAGGAAGAUAUCGGUGAGGAAAAUGAUAACGUCAGUGAUGGACGAAGUUUACCAAGUGAUGACGAAAUUCCAGCACAGGCAAACCCAUGA